UUUCAUGAAGUAGAUCGAUCAGAAGCCAAAAAAUACUCCGCAUAUAAAAGUCUAUUAAAAAGAGAUAUCAUCCCAUUCAAAAACGUCUUCUUGGAAUAUUUUGCAUUGAAGCCAUUAAGAUCAAUUAGAUCAGCUAAUGAAGACAUACUUCAUACUGCCUUCGAACUCUUACUUCCGAGCAAACAUCAUCGAUCUGAAUUAUGUUUAGUUGUAGAUCCAAAAAAAGAACGAGGAGAUGGACGUUACGGAUUUAUAGAUAUUUUCCUAGAUGGCACAAAUGAUAAACAGCCAAUAAAUGUAAUUCUAGAACUGAAGUACAUUUCAUUAACAGGUUUGCUAAGUGGAGCAAAGGGAAGAUGGAUUAAAAAUCCGACUUAUGAAGAACUAAAAAGUUUAGACCUUAAACUUAAGGAGGAAAGUGUUGACCAACUUUUGAAACGAAAGUACAUGCACUGGUCCGAAGAAAAAAGACAUUUUGUGGUAGUUGGGAUAGGUGAUAUAAUUAAUGAGGGAACGAUGCAAGUUCGAAAAUAUUUUAAUGUUGUAUUAGAAGGACGCGCCAAUAGAUAUAAACCAGGAAUUUCAGACGAUCGAUCUUUGGUUCUUGCAGGUUUGUAA